UUAAAUGACGUUGAGGGUAUUCGCGACGGUAAGCGCGAAGUAACUAGUAUUUUGGUAUAAUUUGUUGGUUUAUUUGGACCAUUAAGCCGCGGUCACACUGCGACUGAAGAGAAAAGAUUUGUACGGAAUAUAAAUAAAUUUUUGCCGAUAAACAAGACAACUUGAGAAGAUUAAUUUUACACUAGCACCUGGAAAUAUGGAUCGCAAUAACGGACGCUAUCCCUACAACAUAAGGCGGCAAAACAGCGGGCACAAUGCGCCGCACAGCUACCAUCACCACCACAACAACAACUCGGCGCCGGGCGCGUCCAAUUCGCCGGGCUACAAUAACCACAGUGCCGGAAACUCUCCAUCCGUCGGUGGUCACAACAACAGCAAUCCGCUUUAUGCGUCCGCCGCCGGACAACAGCAGCAACAGCAACCACAGAGCCUGCCAAUCUCGCAGCACGACGAGCUCAUCCGGUACAUCCGGGAGGCAUGGAUCAAGGUCUACGAACAGGGACCACCUGUGCUGUACUGCAACGAGUCCGAUAAUCAGCUGAAAAACUUCAAGCCAUUCGAUUUGGAGGAGUACUGGGGCCAGCGGCUGGUGCAGAACAUUCACGUGACCACCACGCAGGCUGGUGGACACCAGUAGAAGCGGGAAUCUUACAGCGGACAACGGCAUGUGCGUCAUGUGGUAACGAUUAAUUAAAUUAUACAUUUAAAAGGGUGCCAGCAGCUUCCCCCCAAUUAUUGACUAAUUUCCAUGCAAUUGGAAUUUACAUUUAUGUUUGUUUGCGAACUGCAUUGGACUAUUGUGUGUGUAAAAUACUAUUAAAAUCCACUGCCAGCUGAAAGGCAAACCAUGAUUCAAUAAAGCGUACAUUGGCAAACGA